GAAAGGAUUAGAUGAAGGAAUGAGUAGUCGUUUCAUGUUUGAUGUUCCAUCAGAUCUUUAAACUUUGAACGGGUCUGGCUCAUGAGAGGCAUGGCUGCUCCCGUGACGACAGAGGAGCAGAGAUUCUCCCUGCAGGAGGUUCUCGACACUUUCAAACUGUGUCUCUCUGAAAACAAGGAGGUUUACCUGGAACACUACUGUGCUGGAUGGAGAGGCCUGGUCAAGUUCCUGAACAGUUUGGGCACUGUGUUUGGCUUCAUCUCCAAAGACGCAGUCAACAAGAUCCAGAUCCUGGUCGGCCACAUGAAUGGAGAGAAUGGCUCUCACUACCUCACCGUCCAGUCCAUGGUCAGGUACGAGCUGGAGGGCGGACUGGUGGACUUGUCCAAGCGUGGCAGCCAUCCUGAGUCUGGCUGCCGGACACUGUUGCGGCUCCACAGGGCUCUGCGCUGGCUGGAGCUCUUCCUGGAGCGCCUGCGCACCAGCAGCGAGGACGACAAGACGUCAGUCAUGUGUGCAGAGGCCUACAACGAGUCCCUGGCCCAGCACCACAUGUGGGUGGUCAGUAAAGCCGCACGCAUGGCCUUCUGCAUGCUGCCGGCCCGCCAGGCAUUCUUCGAGGUGAUGAACGUGGGUCCGCCGGAGAAAGUGGUGGCCAUGCUGGGAGAAGCUCUGCCUCUGAUAUCAGAGGUCUAUCAGAUCACGGAGGACCUGUACGCGCAGAACAACCUGCUCAACCUUCCUUAGACCAGCACCAGGGCUUCCUGCUUGGUUCUGCUCUGACCUGAGUUGCGUGUCCAAAAAUGCUGCACUUUAACAGUCAUGGUGUCACUGCUGUCGUCGUCUACUCAAGGGUGCGCUUCACAUCAUCUGAGAAGGCUCGACCUGCAGGUCAGGCGCUUCCAUCGUCACACAAGAAUGAGGGGUGGGGGGGAUGGGAGGGUGUCCAUCGCACUUAAUUGACCAAUGGCAUGUAGCAAAUGGGUAUGACGUCAAAACAAAGCAGUUAUUUGAUCAGACAUAAUACUGGUCAAUCAUGUGGACCAAUCUGUGUCAGUUUCAGAGCCAAAGCCCAGGGGUAGUGUCAGAACCAUGAAGAUGCUGGUGGACUGCUGUAAACUAAUUAUAACCGUCUUUUUUUUUUUUCUUUCAACAUAUGUACUUAUUGAGUCCAAUAUGAUUUUGCAGGUGAUUCUAAUCUCUUCAGGAUGAUUUUAAAUACUCCACGAUGAUUGUGCCCUCCAUUUAUCGCAUGUAUUUCUGUUAUUCAAAUAAUGAAUGUAUUGUGGUAUAUUCAGGUCUGUCGCAUGAACAAUGUAGUGAAAUGUGUCUCUGAAGUAAAAUACUUGAAACUAAAGCACUUC